GUUUUCACCGGCGUCCUUCUCUUACACGUCUUACACUACGGGUUUGUUAUGAACUGGGAAAUGGCGCACAAGUGACAUUCGAAAGAUUUGCGAUUGUUUUACUGCAAUUUUUUUUAGUCAUGACUAAUUCUUGGCAUUGUGCAUGUUUAUUCCAAAUUGUUCACAAAAAGGCAAGAUUAUCGAUUAAACACCGUGAUUUUCUGUGGUGCAGCCAGCCUGACAAUUAAUGUGCCGCAUCGGGCAGUGACAUAUCACCAUUUUAGCUGCAAGGUAGGCCAUCAUGAGGCCAUCGGUCACUGUUUUCUGUCUGUUUAUUUAUCUGGAUCCGUGAGAGGGGCACGAAGCGUUUCGGCGGUGUCUGUCACUCUGUGUCGGUGAAGCGAAUUGGACUGGACAGUUGUGCUGCAGUUACUGUGCACUGGCUGAUUGACAAGAGAAACAUUUUGUGUACCAGCAACAAUGAAUAUUUCGCUGUCUGGAAAACGUGUCCUCAUCACCGGCGCCGGCCGAGGGAUCGGCCGAGCCUUGGCGAUCCGCGCGGCCGCCUGCGGGGGUCACGUGAUAGCCCUGUCCCGGACCCAGGAACACCUGGACACCCUGAAGACCGAGUGUCCCUCGGUGGAGACGGUGGCCUGCGAUCUCAGCGACUGGGAGGCGACACGCAAGGCGGUCGAGGCUCUGGGACCCGUGGACUGUCUCGUCAACAACGCGGGAACCAACACUCUCAACAAGUUUCUCGACGUAACGCCAUCUGAGUUUGAUGAUGUCAUGAACGUCAACCUGAAGUCAGUCUUCAAUGUAUCCCAGGUGGUGGCCCGAGGUAUGAUAGCUCGCGGCGCCGGAGGCGCCAUCGUCAACAUUUCCUCGCAGGCGUCUGUGCGCCCGCUCCACGGCCAUGCAGUCUACUGCGCCUCGAAGGCGGCGCUGGACCACCUGACGCGCGUCAUGACGCUCGAGCUGGGACCCAAGGGGAUCCGCGUCAACUGUGUCAACCCGACCGUCGUGCUGACUGACCUGGGUCGAAGUCACUGGUCGGACCCGGCGCGCGCCGAGCCGAUGCUGAGGGCGAUCCCGAUGGGCCGGUUCGCCGAGGUGGAAGACGUGCUCGGCUCGGUGAUCUUUCUGCUCAGCGACCACGCGGCGCUUAUCAGCGGGGUCACGCUGCCCGUGGACGGUGGGUUCACCGCCUGCUGAACCGCCGAACCGAGCACUGAACCGCUAAACCUCCGCACCGCCUACUGAACCGCCGCAACGACUACUGAACCGCCGCACCGCCACACUGCCUGCUGAACCUUCCCACCGACUACUGGGCUGCUACACCGCCUGCUGAACCGCCGCACCGACGACUGCACUGCUAUACCGCCUGCUGAACGCCGCACCGACUUCUGAUACAUGCGAUCGACGAUGCUUACGUACUUCGCGUGGUAUUGUGGUCGCGGCUUUCGUACUGGGUUUGCCAUACUAAUUUGUCAUCUACUCGGGAUACUCGGUCGUAUUCUCUGUGGAAUACUUUGCUUUCGUAGGGAAUGAGCCGCUCAAUAGAUGUAGCUGUGCUGAACAAAAUACAAAACUAGAAUGCUGCACUUGGACCACGUGAUCCAUGAACUAGCACUGAUGACUUUUUAUCUUGCUCGGUUGUACGCAUUCAGGCCUUGCAUCAAUUGUUACUGGGUGCCUGUAGUUUCAGGAAUAGCAGCACAGUGAUUAUAUGUUUCCCACCUGCACUAUGUUCUUAUAUCGAUCUUAUUAACCAAUGGCCGUGAAUCGAACCUCUCAAUGAGGCUUGUUUUGUAUUCUACAACAAUAUAUUUUGCCAUUAAUAA